AUGGCCAUUCGCUCCAUGAAGUUCACUCCCGAGGUUCUGCUUGGGGCACCCCGACGGUCCUCAGCCGUCCCCAACGCAGCUGGUACCCUCGCAGUCUACACCCAGACAUCUUAUUCCUUCGAGUCCCACUCUAAGACAAAUGAGAUUCGCGUCAUUGAAAUCAAUUCUGGCCGAUCUGCCCUCAUCACCAACGACCCCGGCGCAAGCAACCCGCAGUGGCUCGACACGAGUGAUCAAUUAGUCUGGCUCAAGACCAAAGCAAACGGAAACACAAGCUUCAUCGUUGGCAAUGCCCGCCAGGCGAAUGACACAUACACUGCAGGUACGUUGCCAGGCCCAGUCUCGGACCUGAAGGUUACCCUCAUCGAACCCGGCAAGGUUGGCUUCGCCGUGACAGGCAAGGCCAAUCCCGAUGGAUCGCUAUACAACCCGCAUGAUGCGAAGAAACCAUACACAACUGGCAAGCUAUACACGUCUCUUUUUGUUCGGCACUGGGAUUCUUAUGUUGAGCCUCAGAAGAACUCCAUCUGGUAUGGUAUUCUAGAGCAGGCACCAUUGUCGCCAGCCCGCAGACAAGCUGGCAAGUACUCCGUCUCGGGCCUUACGAACUUGAUUCAGGUAUCUGGAUUGGCGGGUGUUGAGUCGCCUAUUCCGCCGUUUGGCGGUACUAGUGAUUUCGAUAUUAGUCCGUCGGCGAUUGUGUUCAUUGCCAAGGACCCCGAUCUCAAUCCAGCUACUCAUACGUCUUGCUCGUGCUACUAUGCUCCCAUGUUCUCAUGGACUAGCAUGAGUGCAACGGAUGCCAAGAUCUGCAAGGUUGCCGGUCUUCAGGGAGCGAUGUCAUCUCCCGUUCUGAACUCAGAUGGUAGCUCCAUUGCGCUUCUGGCUAUGCGCGAGGACGGAUACGAGUCUGAUAAGAACAGAAUCUUGUAUGUUCCUAACCCAUGGGAUGGAAACAUGGUUGAAAUUUUCGAGUCGGCCGAUGGCGAAGGUCUUUGGAAUUUGAGUCCUUCGGCCUUGUCCUUUUCAAAUGACGACAAGUCGUUGAUAGUCGUCGCCGAGGAGAUGGGUCGUGGUGUUCUCUACCAACUUCCUCUGGAAAAUGUGCAAAAGGCCAAGCCAGAUUCACUGAAGCGACUGACCCGCUCUGGAUUCGUGAAUGACGCAGUUCCCGCGGCUGCCAACUCUUCCAAGCUGUUCUUGUCUAGCAGCAGCCUGGUUGAUAACAGCCUGUGGACGAUCAUCGAUCCAGCCAGCCCAGAUGAUGUUCAAAUGGUCUCAUCAAACGGCCGAGGUGGUGCUGCAUUUGGUCUGUCUCCUGCCCAGGUGGACGAGAUCUGGUUUAGGGGAGCUGAAGACCAUCCCGUUCACGCAUUCGUCGUGAAGCCAUCCAACUUCAAACCCGGGGAGAGAUACCCACUCGCUUAUAUGAUUCACGGUGGGCCUCAGGGCGCUUGGAAUGAUCAGUGGAGCACCCGCUGGAACCCUGCUGUAUUUGCGGAACAAGGAUACGUCGUGAUCACACCCAACCCGACUGGCAGCACAGGCUACGGUCAGCCUUUCACUGAUGGCAUCAAAGGCCAAUGGGGUGGUCGGCCUUACGAGGAUUUAGUACGAGGCUUCGAGCACAUCGAGCAGAAUCUUAAUUACGUCGACACCUCUCGUGCAGUCGCUCUCGGUGCCUCUUAUGGCGGAUACAUGAUGAACUGGAUCCAGGGCCACCCACUCGGCCGCAAAUUCAAGGCUCUCGUCACUCACGACGGUGUGUUCAGCAUGACUUCCCAGCUAGCCAGCGAAGAGCAAUACUUCCCUCUGCAUGAUUUGAAGGGACCUAUUUGGAAGGUCCCCGAGAACUGGGCAAAGUGGGAUCCCUCUCGUUUCACUGAACACUGGCAGACUCCUCAUCUGAUCAUCCACAAUGAGCUGGACUACCGCUUGACUAUUGCCGAGGGUCUCGCUGCGUUUAACGUUCUGCAAAUGCGGGGCGUUGAUAGCGCGUUCCUUACCUUCCCUGAUGAGAACCAUUGGGUUCUCAAUCCCGAGAACUCGCUUCUUUGGCACCGGACUGUGUUGAACUGGAUCAACAAGUAUGUGGGACUGCCCGCGGUGUCCGAGGAGCCCGAUCUCUCCCUCCGAGUGGGCAACAUGUCCAUCUGA